UUUGAAACACUUGGAGCCCAGCCCACAUGCGCCUCACCCGUUCCGUUCCGCGGCCCAAUGAGUGAAUAGAGACCAAAAGAUAGCUGAUCUAGAGACUGCUGUCAAAUGCAAGCUUUGACCUGCCGUAUUACAUCGGGUUUAUAUCUCCACGUGGCCUUGGCAUUGGGCAAGAGGCUGGAUGAAUAUCUAUUUUCAUAUUGCUACCCUAGAUUCACCACCAAUUUUUACCUGGCACAGAUAUGUAUGUAUCAAUUCAACGUCACUUAUUUCUCUGAGUUUCUUAACAGCUCCUCCACAAUCACGGAAGCUAGACGACAAUCAUAUGCAUCACAGUGGCUCACCGGACCUCUAACUCCUUCAUCUGCCGUUAUUUAGUGGAGUUGCCAUGAGAGUGGCCCGUUUGGACAUAUCCUCUAAAGUAACAAUUUAGAAACCUGGCUUGGACCUACUACGAAAACACCACUUGUUUAUAAUAAAUAGCCGGAUCACGAUGCCUGACUCAAAGUGUUUAUGAACCGAACAAUAUGUGUGAAUCAGUAGAGUAAAUGUAUUGUAACUAGAC